AUGAUAAACAUCGAGAUUCCUUUCGAUCAGAUCUCUUGCAGCCAUUUGUCCAUUCCAAGGGUCAAAGCGAGAGUGAAAGGGUAAAAUAUCCGCACAGCCCAUGCCACAUUAUGCAUUCAGUUCUUGGAUACAAAAAAACGACAAAAACAAUACAUGGCUAUCGGGAAAACAGAUUUGUUUAACAAUAGUAUUGGGCUUUGCGGAAAUUUUACUAUCGAAAGUUUUCAGACUCAGUCGAAGACGUAUAAUAAAUUGCGUCGUCAUCGAGGAUAUCGAAUUCGUUUGCGCUUUAGAAAUGCAAAGUUUUGUCGAAAUCGGUAAUUAGAACGACGUUGACUUUUGGUCCUUGUACAAACGUAGAUUGUUAGUUCUUGUAUGCCACAAAGAACAAGGGAGCGGUCGUUUCUUUUCAACAAGAUUUCCAUUGUGAGAAGAAGCAACUGCAUUUGUCGGAUAACAUGACCGAAAAAGUGCUACUUAGACACGCUGUUGGCCAAGAUAUCGGGAAAUGCAAUCUGACCACUUUCACGAAGGGAGGACAGCAAUGCCAGAGGACUCUGAUUUCAAACUUGAAAAACAACGCCAGCUUGAAUUGCAGCUUUGAAUACGAAAAGCAAUCUAUCUGUUUGAAUGGUCAUGUCAGUAGUUGCGUGGAUGGUGUUCCGCUGUUAAACGCGUUUAAAGGUGAGAUAGUGAAGCUGCUUGAACUGCUAGUUUAUCACUGCGGAAAGCUGAGUUUUGAGGUAUCAAGAAUAAACCCAUUAAUCCUCGGUCAAGUCGAUUGCGAUGCAGGAAAACUGGAAGGGAUGGUUGGCUGCUGGGAUGAUUUCCGUACUACUUUUAACGCAAGCAGGAACGAUUCCUCAUUAUGCAGUAAAUAUGCGGAAGGGAAACAAAAAUGCACCAACGGGGCAAGAGAAUCGUGUAAAGAUAUCUGCCAAUACAUCACCAAAGACGACUAUAAUCCAUUCUGUGCCGACGGAAUGGACCCUCCAACACAGACUACCUUGUUUGACUGUAAUCCUCUCCCCCUCCUCUGCCCAAAUAAUGUAGUUUACGAUAAUGCAAUGAGGUGUGAUACAGAGAGCUUUAAAGACUUUGCUUCCGGGAACAAUUGCAGCAUGGUCCUUUUGAAAAAUAAGAAUUGCUUGAGAGAGAAGUUGGUUACGCAGUGCUCUUCCAUGCGAGAUGAUAAAGUUUUUGAGGACAGUGUGAAGACUCUUCGAGCAACUCUGAUGGUGGAGCAGUUCUUUUGUGGCAAAGUGACUCUGGACAAGGCCGCACUUCAUGAAAGCGUUAAGACAGGUGAUUGUAAGCCGGCGUUUUUCACCGCUGCUGAGAAAUGUGCGGAGCCUUUCAGAAGCAUAUAUGAAAAUUCGGUGAAGAAAAAGUCCCAAGAAGUUUGCUCCUCUUUUGCAGAUGCCAAGAAGUGUCUCAACAGAGCACACGAGGAAAGUUGUAAUUUUGACCAAAGCUCAUUAAAGGCGACCAUGUUUGGUGACGAUAACCCUUUUUGUGACAAUGGUAAAGAUCCAUUAAGGAGUGGAGUAAAUGGUGGUCAAGGGACUAUACUAUUUCUGUUCAUUACCAGCAUCGCGUUUUUAGUUGGACCUUGAGAUCAAGAUUUCUCCCUAACCAGACACUUAUAAUUGUAUGAUGCACGCUAAUGGUAAUGGAAAAUGGUAGUGGGGAGAGCCAGAUCUUAAGCACAAAUGUAACUAUUGUCAACUAAGGAAGCAAAUAAGAAAGCUAGCGAACAAAUCAAAACAAAACAAACGAACAAAUCAAAACAAAACAAACGGGUAAAUAAAAGAAGAGAAAAGUGUGAAAAAUAUUAGGACGAAAAACAAUGACGACAAAAAGAAUCGUUAAAAAACUUAUUUUCAUGGUCAAAAACUGCUUUACUAUUUAAAUUUCGUUUGUAUAUCGUUUGAUUUCUGGUUGUUUGAUUGUUUUCCUUUGACGCUCCAUGCAUAAUUUGUUUUCUGUUCUCGAUUCUUGUCGCAAAUCUUAGCCGGGAUAACAUGUAUUUAUAUUCGCCCAUUUAAUACAAUCUUAAAUGAAACUCCAACUCUUUUUUUCAGUGAAAUAUAUCUAUUCAUCCUUAUUCUUUAGUGUUUAAAGGGUGAUCACUUCAAUCUUGCCUAGUAUUUUUAAUAAAGUCAGUUUGAUAGGCAAUAGCCUUCAAAGACA